AUGGUCAAAUACGACAGAAAGCACCAAAAGAUUUCUAGUCGAUACAUCGUUGUAGGUUCAGGAAGAAGAGAUCUUUUGUACUUUCAAGACAAGGUGUGGAAGACCAAACAAUACCGUCAAACACUGCAAGGUCUCAAAGCCCAAGAACUUGAUGUCGUCAAUACCAUAUCCGUAGAACAUUUUGGCCGCUUCCUUCAAGCCAGAUCUGAACACUCUGCCGUUCCCAGUGAAUUCUAUGAACAUACCAUCGCAAGACGUUGCAACAGAUACUUCCUCUUUCACAAGAUCCACCUUUCAGCGUACUUCAGCAAACAACGUGCUGAUCAAAUGCGUAUUCAGAAUUCAUGCUCCAUGUUUGGAGAAGAGGAUAUCGCAUCACUUGUAGAUGUACCAAUCUAUACUGUAGACCUGCCAUGGCAGCACCAAAUAGAUAUUGCUUAUGGAACAGGGAUGGUGCUACUUGCUCCAACUACGUGCAAAUCCUUUGGGGGCUUUGAUAUAAUGGAAUUGUUCCUCAUAUGCUUCGCCGGAUUGCAAUUGCUACUACAUAAUGUCGAAGAUGAGCAGACAAUCAAAAACAACCAAGAACUAGAAUAGGCAUAGAUGGUAAUUCUCU